AUGGACGAAGCGAAUCGCAAACCAGCCACGGAGAUGGCACCAGACGAUCCCCAGGAUUACUGGAAGGAAUGUGUCUUUCUCGAAGAACCCCCAAGCGACAUCGAGCCGUUCAGAAAGCUCCUCCGAGAGUACGGCAACGUCCCCGAAGCCCAAGUCGACGCCUCACUCCGCCGGGCAGUAAGUUGGGCGCCUGCAGACGAGAUCCGCAACUCACCUCGCCUCACCCGCGCCAAGCCAGACGCGAGACUGACACGCACACAGCACCGCCAGCUCUGGGACGUAGUCCAGUACCCGUGCAUCGGGCUCCGGAGCUUCACGGACCUGCGGGCCUUCCAGGGCCCUCGCCUCGAAGCCGCCACGCGACGGCUGCUCUCGGCCGACGGCGGCGCCAGCAACGACGCCCUCCUCGACGUGGGCUGCUGCAUCGGCCAAGUCCUGCGACACCUCGCGCACAGGGGCGUGCCUCCCUCGCGCCUGUACGGGACAGACCUGCACCCCGAGUUCAUCCGGGUCGGGAACGAGCUGUUCGGGGACCCGGACUCCGGCCCGGCCUUCGCGGCCGGCGACUUGCUGGCCGACGACGGGCGCCUCCGCGACCUGGACCACCGCGUGACCAUGAUGCACGCCGCCAACCUGUUCCACCUCUUCACGCGGACCCAGCAGGUCGAGCUGGGCGUUCGCAUGGUGCGCUUCCUGCGCCCCGGGACGACCGACGCCCUCAUCUUCGGGCUGCAGGUCGGCUCUCUCCGGCCAAGAGAGAUGGACGCCAUGGGGAGGCACUACCGCCACGCGAGGUGCUACGUGCACGACCGGCAGAGCUUCCAGGAGUUAUGGGACGACAUUGGGCUCAGGACAGGCACGAGGUGGCGCGUGGAGGCGGAGCUGACGGAGCCGCUUGCGCCGAGGCUCUCGUUCCUCGGUGACGACGAAAGGCUCAUGCUCUUCGGGGUCUACCAGGUCGCACCGCCGGCAGUGCCCGUGUCGUAG